AUGGAUUCAAACACAUCAGCUUGGGUGACAGAAGUCACAACAACGAAAAGAAAAGGUGAAACUGCUCCUGGAACUUUCAACGAAAAGGACCUGAUCCCGAACCUGGUGAUCCUCAUCUCUGGCCUGGUUGGACUCGCAGGAAAUUCGGUCGUGCUCUGGCUCCUGGGUUUCCGCAUGCGCAGGAACGCCUUCUCCAUCUACAUCCUCAACCUGGCUGCAGCAGAUCUCCUCUUCCUCUGCUGCCACAUUAUAGAUUCCCUGCUGGUGGUCGUCAGAUAUUUCCAUCCCCACGUUUUCUUCCUCCCCUGCUAUAAGACCGUCAUGAUGUUUCCCUACAUCACGGGCUUGAGCGUGCUGAGCGCCAUCAGCACCGAGCGCUGCCUGUCCUUCCUGUGUCCCAUCUGGUACCGCUUCCGCCGCCCCAAACACACCUCAGUCACCGUGUGUGUCCUGCUCUGGGCUACGUCUCUGCUGAUGUGCAUUCUGAACAAGUCUUACUGUGGUUUGCUGGAUGUCAACGAAAAGACUGCCGAGUGUCUGGCAGCUAAUUUUUCCACUGCCACAUGUCUGGGUGUUUUAGUCCUGAUUCUCUCUGGGUCCAGCCUGGCCAUGCUGGUCGGAUUCCUGUGGGGCGGCGGCAGGCAGAUGCGGCUGACCAGGCUGUAUGUGACCAUCCUGCUCACCGUGCUGGUCUUCCUCCUCUGUGGCCUGCCCUUGGGCGUCUACUGGUUCGUGUUAAUCUGGAUUCACGAUGACUUUAGUGAUACUUUGCAAUACGGUCUUUACCUGGCCUCAGUUGUCCUGUCCUCUGUGAACAGCUGUGCCAACCCCCUCAUUUACUUCUUUGUUGGCACCUUCAGGCAGCAGCCGGGGAGGCAGACUUUGAAGCUACUUCUGCAGAGGGCUCUGCAGGACAGCCCUGAGGAGGAUGGAUGUGGAAGCCGAGUUCCUCAGGGAACCCUGGAGAUGUCAGUAAGCAGAGAAGAGCAGUGA